AAGAGUUAAAGCUCUGGAGAACCUUCCACCGGCCUAAGUGGGGGGUCGCAUGUAGCAAUGCUUCUACCCCCGAGGGACCCUGUAAAGUUAACACCAAGUAUCCAUAGCUCUAUGGUAGUUACAUGGCUCGACCUGGGAACUUCUCAGAAUAAAUGCAGCAUCUUCAUGACUCAGCUCCUACCGAGAGUGAAACGGAGAAGUGAGGCUUCUGGCUGUUACGCAAAGACCAAGGUGACAGUUAUAUCCCCAGUGCCACCGACUUCCCCAGACAGUCUCUUACAACUCGUGUAAAACAUUUAUGAAGGUUUGCUGCAAGAACCCUAAAAGAACACCAAAAGGACUGACCUUCCCUGCCAUCGACCCAUCACAAACAAGAAGGUUGUGGCAGAAUUUGCCCCACAGCAGGAUCUGUGAGUGCUCCUCAAGAACAUGGUGGAAUACUAUAAUGCUAGAGAGAUCAAUGGAGAACGUCCCUCAGUCAAUGUUCCAGUCUCUUCAACUCCAAGAAGGGACCCUCAGGUCUCAUCCCGCCUUAUCUGCUGCCUCACAACCCUGUGUAUUAGUCUUCUCAUCAUAUGUGUCGUAUUUAUUGUGCUUAGGGUAACUGGAACCCUGAAUCCCUCCAAUCAAAAUAACAUUCAGAUGGACCCGCCUACAGGAACGUUACUGAGUGGAUUUCAGGGAAUUCUCGGGAAGGCGCACAGACUGAUGAACUUGACCAAAACAAUUCACAUCAAUGGCUCCAAGUUCACGGAAGACCAGACGGAAACUGAUGGGAACAGCACAUUACAGAGCAGCCUGCAAAGGCUUCUGGGUAUGUUGGACCGACUGGUGAAGCUGAUGGAGAAAGUUCAAGCCACCGGUGGCAAGAAACUUACAUGUGAUCCGAACUGGGUUUAUUUUGAUCUCAGCUGUUACUACGUCUCCAGUGAAGCACUUGAUUGGAUGGGAUCCCAGAAACGGUGUCAGGCAAUGAGUUCCCACUUGGUGGUGAUCAACAGCAAAGCAGAACAGAGCCACGUGUUUGGUAUAACAAAGAAGAAGGUCACUUGGUUGGGUCUGAGCGAUUCCAAUGGAGCCUGGAAAUGGGUGGAUGGAUCCCCCUACGAGUCGUCCCCUACGUUCUGGGAUGAGUUGCAGCCUGAUAAUAACACAGUCGCGGGGCAGCCGGGUACAGAGGACUGUGCCAACGUCCGCGCCAACGGAAUGUGGAACGACGAUCACUGCCUCCACCAGUACCAGUACAUUUGUGAGAGAUCCAUAUGAUGGGCACCGGCUGAUGGAAACUGGGCUUUGUGUGUGGCCAGAACAAGCCAAGGGCAGAUUUUAAAUUAUGACUGAUAAACUCUCCCCAAAUUCUGGCCCCCGACCUGUUAUGGCGAUCCUAUAAUCCCUACAGGGAACCUUUGGCCUAUGAACCGGCUCUGGAAUAUGCAUUUAGUAGUAGAAUCUGAUAUAAUUUGGUCUAUUUUAUGGAAAUAUAACCAAGUCAUCAUGGUAGCCUCUCCAUGGAAAGAAGUUGCCCUUUACCACAAGACAAAUUAUUUCCUUAUCUGACCCUCCUCCUACCUUAAGCCAACAAGGCCUCUUCAGCCUACAAUAGUGUGACUUUCUGAUAGAAGAUCCCAGGUCUCUCACCGUAUGGCUACUCAACUGUUGUUCUAGUAUCUAUCAGGGUCACCUAGCCCUGCAGGUAUAUCCCGAUCCCACUGUACUGGGGCUCUGAGAGAGCAACUUUACCCCACUCCCAGCAGAGGUCAAACCCUAUUAACCAACCUAUCCCAGGACUAUACUUUACUCACUCCAUACAGCAGGUCAUUGGGACAUAUUUAUUGUAGUUCUUCACCAGAUUGUAGGGGCUCAAGUAGGCAGGGCAACCUGGGAAGGUAGAGGAGGUAACAGUAGGAUCAGGUUGGAGUUAUCUUUACAGUGAUGUCCAUUGGUCUGGGUGGAAAGGAAUGUAACCAGACCCAGACCAAUGGACAUCACUGUAAAGAUAACUCCAACCUGAUCCUACUGUUACCUCCUCUACCUUCCCAGGUUGCCCUGCCUACUUGAGCCAGCGGAGGAGGUUUUGAUGAAGAAAAGGACUCAAGUCCAUCAAGUUUACCCCUUGGCUGGUUAAAUGGGGGAUACAGUUACAUAGCAGCAUGGUGGUAGAUGUCUUCUCUGGUUCCCUGGCAGGGUUGGGCAUAGAGGAAGGUGGGUAGGUGGCACCUCUCUAGGAAGACAUGUGACUAUGAAGGUCUGAAACAUCUGGUUCCAGAGGCAAAGCCUCGUAUCUAAGACUCAAUGGAGCCCAAACUGUCACUGGUCAAAGCAAAACCUCUCUACAAAACCUUUAGGCUUAGGACCCAUGGAGUGGUGGGUCCAGAACCUGAUAGAGGGGGCUGGGUAUUAAUUCCAUGAUAGACUUCACUAGGGGAACGUUCCUUCUACUCAUUCUACUUCACAUUCUCUCCGGACUCCGACAGGGUUAAACAGUUGUUGUUGUAGAAGAACCCAGUGACCCGAGGGGCCGAUGUUCUUAUCAGGAAAGAAGGAAACUGUGAGCGGUUCCGCUGGCUCAGCUUUCUGCACGUUUAUAGGGACAUAUUCAUGUGACUGUGCCUCUCUGCAGGGGCAAUUGCCCAGGGCAAUGAUCCUCUGGGUUUUGCUUUAAAUAAAAUGUUGAUUAUUGGGAUUAUGGGGUAUCUGCUUGCACGGCUGUAGGUCGGGGGGGGCAGUAAGUCUGGAUCUCAUAUCUACUUCACUAACUGUAGGUUUCUUUAUCUCCUGUGUUAAUACGUUCAAGUUCUCUUGCUUGAGGGGGGUCCAGUUACAAAUAUCUUGGGGCAACUCUGUGGGCCCACCAAUGAGAUGUUUGCCCCAGGCCCACUGGUACCUUAAAGCAGCCCUGGGUCUCAGGUUGGGUGAGGAAUGGGGGGUUCCUUCACAGGCAUCUCACCCCUUAAGAACUGGACUCACUCAGACUCCAUAUUGCACAAAUACAUGGGUGCUCCAAUCUGCUUGGGGUUUGUGAAGCAGCAGAACCCUGUAGUAGUAUCUACUCUACAAACAGCUGGCAGUUACAACUAGGGGCCCAUCAAACAGACUCACAAUGGACUAUGUGCCCCAUGGAAAGGGCUCAACCCAACUUUAGUGCAUCGUUGCCAGACUCCAACUUCAUUAUCAGUGGUUUCCAGGCUCAGCCGUAUCUUCUCUACUGCCCCUUCCCUGCGGCCAUUGCCCUCUCAUUGAGUGAACACUCAGUACCCCCAGUCCUACUCCUACUCCUACUGACUCCUCACUGGGAGACCAACACUACUAGACCUUGUAAUGGGAUUAGAUCAUUAUUCUACUGACUUUUCCAUUACAAUAAACCAAAAUACCCAC